UUGCUCGCACAGCUCAACUCUCUUCUCUCCAAAUCUCUCAUUUCUGCUUAUUUCUCUCCCUCUUUUCCUCUCUACCUGUCCAUCUCUCCAGCCCGUUCUCCUUCCCACAUCUCUCCAUCACCCCCCCAGCCUGCAUUUUCCUCCCAGCUUUCUCAUUCUCCCCAUCCCAUCUCCCCUCAGUACAUCUCUGCUGCUGGUCUUCCCUCCUCGUCAUCUCUCACAUGCAUCUCUUUUCCUCUCCUCCUGGGCCCAUUCAUUUUUCUCUCUUCCUCCUUCUCCAUCUCUCCCUGUCUGUGAAGUAGUUAAGCGGUCCCCCCGUGCGUGUCCCUGUGAUAGGAGGGGGCGUGCACACAGUUGCCUGGUUACCACGCUCACAGUGACAUCCCUGUGAAUACGGAAGGAUGCAGCGCGCGCUGGUCCUGGGAGCUGGGUAACGUGGAGGCCUCUUAUCCUGCACAUACCGCUCUGCACUGCACCCCCUCUUUUGCACUGCACAUGCGGCUUAUACUGCACUGCACGACCUGUGCUGGGUUCCCUGCACUGCACACGCGGCACUGCAUGUCUGUUCCGUUCUGCAUUGCAUGCCCUGCAGUGCAUACCUUUGCACUGCACACCUCAGAUCAACCACAUCCUGCUCAUGUUGGACUUCCCAUCCUGUGGUGGACUCUCAGCACUGCAAAUCCUGCACGCUACACUGCACGGACUGCAUGCCCGGCACUGCACCCACAUCCCCUCUCCUGUCACCCCGUCUCCCUGCACCCUCCUCACUUUGCGUUUGGGGUUCGCCAUUCACAGCUUGUGCCCACUCAAGGUCUUGAACAUGAAAUUUAAAGGAAACUGAAAGAUUCACUGAGUCUUGAGAUUAUCACGUUGCUCGUUCCCGGAGGAAAAGCGUCCCAGGGGGGAAACAGCACAGUAUGGACGCUCCUCCAACUGCCCCCUUCCGACCGUCGCAGGGAUUCCUGAGUCGUCGUCUGAAGAGUUCUAUAAAGAGGACAAAAAGUCAGCCCAAGCUAGACCGGACCAGCAGCUUCCGGCAGAUCCUUCCACGCUUCCGGAGUGCUGACCAUGACAGGGCUCGUCUCAUGCAGGCAUUCAAAGAGUCUCACUCCCACGAAUCCUUGCUCAGUCCUAGCAGUGCCGCGGAGGCGUUGGAUCUGAAUCUGGAUGAAGACUCGGUGGUGAAACCCGUGCACAGCAGCAUCCUGGGACAGGAGUUUUGUUUUGAGGUGACCACAGCAUCAGGUACCAAGUGUUUCGCCUGCCGCUCCGCCGCCGAACGGGACAAAUGGAUAGAGAACCUGCAGAGAGCUGUGAAGCCGAACAAGGACAACAGCCGGCGAGUGGACAAUGUGCUCAAGCUGUGGAUCAUCGAAGCUCGCGACCUACCCCCCAAGAAGCGCUAUUACUGCGAGCUCUGCCUGGAUGACAUUUUGUACGCCCGUACCACCAGCAAGGCCCGGGGUGAGACCGUUUUCUGGGGGGAGCACUUUGAGUUCAACAACCUGCCAGCCGUCCGGAACUUACGCCUCCACCUGUACAAAGACACCGACAAAAAGAGGCGCAAGGAGAAGAGCAAUUACGUGGGCAUGUUGAAUGUGCCUAUCGCCAGCAUCAGUGGGCGCCACUUUGUGGAACAGUGGUACCCGGUCUCCCAGCCCACAUCCUACAAAGGGAAGAGCAGCUGUCCCUCUAUCCGCCUAAAAUCCCGAUACCAAACUAUGAGCAUCCUCCCUAUGGAGCUGUACAAGGAGUUUGCCGAGUAUGUCACCAACAACUACCGGAUGUUAUGCGCUGUGCUUGAGCCGGUGUUGAGCGUGAAGAGCAAAGAGGAGGUGGCCUGUGCGCUGGUACAUAUAUUGCAAAGCACGGGGAAGGCUAAGGACUUCCUCUCAGAUAUGGCUAUGACAGAGGUUGAUCGCUUCCUUGACAGAGAGCACCUUAUUCUCCGUGAGAACACACUUGCAACUAAAGCCAUAGAGGAGUAUCUGAAACUGAUAGGACAGAGAUACCUCAAGGAAGCCAUUGGUGAGUUUAUUCGGGCUCUGUACGAGUCAGAGGAGGACUGCGAGGUUGACCCCAUGCGUUGUCCGCCUUCUGCCCUCUCCGAUCACCAGGCCAAUCUCAGGAUGUGCUGCGAACUUGCGCUUUGCAAAGUCUUCAACUCCCAUUGUGUGUUUCCCCGGGAGUUGAAAGAAGUCUUUGCAUCAUGGAGGAUGCGCUGUGCGGAGCGCGGCCGCGAAGACAUAGCAGAUCGACUCAUCAGUGCCUCUCUCUUCCUCCGCUUCCUGUGUCCGGCCAUCAUGUCCCCCAGCCUCUUCGGCCUGAUGCAGGAAUAUCCUGAUGAGCAGACAUCAAGGACCCUCACACUCAUCGCUAAGGUCAUCCAGAACCUGGCCAACUUCAACUUCAAGUUCAGCAGUAAGGAAGAGCACAUGUCCUUCAUGAAUGAGUUCCUGGAGACGGAGUUGGCCAAUAUGCAGAAUUUCCUGUACGAGAUCUCCAACAUGGACGCGCUCACCAACAGCAGCAAUUUCGAGGGCUACAUCGACCUGGGGCGGGAGCUGAGUACUCUCCAUGCCCUGCUAUGGGAGGUGAUCCCCCAGCUUAGUAAGGAAGCGCUUGUAAAGUUGGGGCCCCUCCCUCGCCUUCUCAAUGACAUCAGCCUAGCGCUCAGGAACCCCCACAUCCAGCGACAGCCGAGUCAUCAAGAAAGGCUACCACCUCCCAAACCCGUCAUCCCAAGGGGGCCGUCAGCGGAGCUUCAAAGCUACCUGGUGCGGGACCUCAACAGCUCCAUUGACAUGACCCGACUACCUUCACCAACCAAGGACAAGUCCUCCAAGGAUAUGUUCUUUGUGUCACGCCGCCCACUCACCCGCUCUUCGCCUGCCUAUUGCACCAGCAGCUCGGACAUCACGGAACCAGACCAGAAGAUGCUGAGCGUGAACAAAAGUGUCUCCAUGUUAGACUUGCAGGACAGCCGCAUGAACAGUGUGUCCAAUCUACAAGCUGUAGGAGACUUGCUCAACUCCAGCCAGGCCUCCAUAUCCGGGGGGUUACGCCCGGGGGGCCGGCUCUCCCAGGGCAGCGGGUCUAGCAUUGCGGCUGGUCUGCGGCUCAGCCAAAUGGGGGUCACCACCGACGGGCUCUCAGCUCAGCAGCUGCGCAUUCCCUUGUCCUUCCAGAACCCGCUCUUCCACAUGGCCCCCGACGGCCCCGCUGCACCACCCUCACACCCGGCGCCUCAUCGGCCGGACCCUGGAUCUGACGCCUUCGCCCCAUUCCAUGGCUACAGCAAGAGCGAGGACCUGAGUUCCGGGAAGCACUUGCUGCACAGUCACAGCUACAGCGACGAUUUCAGCCGGCAGGGGUCAGAGUUCAGCAAGAGGCAGCUUUCCCUCCAAGACAAUCUCCAGCACAUGCUGUCACCUCCUCAAAUCACCAUCGGGCCCGGAGUGCAGCGGAGGCCGGAGGCGCAGCCUCCACCCCUACACAGGGGGAAAUCCCAACAGCUGACGGUGCAGGCCGCCCAUAAGCCCCGGCCAAGCAGCGGUAACCUCCUUCAAAGUCCAGAACCGAUGUAUGGGGCGGCGAGAAUAAGGCAGCAGUCAGUCGAGAAAGAAGCAGGAGGGCUUAAACCCAGCAUAACCAAGCAGCACUCACAUGCGCAGGCUACUCUUAACCCGGUCACUCCAGCCUCGGAACGCACAGUUGCCUGGGUGUCUAACAUGCCUCAUCUCUCAGCUGACAUUGAGAGCUCACACAUAGAACGAGAGGAGUACAAACUGAAGGAGUACUCCAAAUCCAUGGAUGAGAGUCGUCUGGAGAGGGUGAAAGAGUACGAGGAGGAGAUCUACACCCUGAAAGAGCGACUCAUGAUGUCUAACCGAAAGCUGGAGGAAUACGAGCGCCGCCUCUUCACCCAGGAAGAGCAAACCAAUAAGAUGCUGCAGCAAUACCAGUCCCGCCUGGAGAUGAGCGAGAAGCGGCUGCGACAGCAGCAGAUGGAGAAGGACACACAAAUCAAGAGCAUCAUAAACAGGUUGAUGCUGGUGGAGGAGGAGAUCAGGAAGGACCACACGCAAGAACCAAUCGAUAUGAAGAGGAGACUUAUCGAGGCUCAGGAGAAGAAGUUUCCCUCCGUGGGUUCAGCAGACCCGCGUCUGAGGCUGGCGACUCCAUGGAAUGGGGCCCUUCCACCUCUGCCUCCUCGACUCCAAAUCACAGAAAAUGGAGACUUUCUAAACUCAAGUGACCAUCACUAACCGGAGCUGAGGGGUCCAUCCCGGAGCCUGGGGGGAGGAAGGGGGACUGGGGAUCCCCCACUGAGGCGUGUGUCCGGAGGCCUGAGGGGGAGGGGGCUGGGAACCCCCUUUCCUCCCUAACUCUGACACCCUCCCUCCGCGCCGUCCAGACCUGCGGCCGACAAUCUGUGUGACCCCGGACACGUGAGAAGUGGAGAGGAGAGAGAAGGGGACAACGCACUGAACUUAUCCUAAACAUAUAAUUCUAUUUCCUAAGCCUUUGUUAUCUUUAGACUUAAUCUAUCAGUUCCUCUGUUCUCAUAUGCCCCAAACUAUCCCACUUUCAUCGACCCCUUUUGAGGCUCCCCAUCUCCCCCUCCUCCCUCUCUGUCUCAGGUCUGAGGCCCUGGGAUUCGCACUGACAGAUCUGCACUGUAGGGGAUACCUCCCUAACCCAUUUUUCCUACCUGCAUUUUCUCACACCUUUACCCCCAACCUUCAUUCCCUCUCUAAACAACUCUCAUAUACUUCCAUUUCCUUUCACUGCUCAACUAUCAUCGUCAUCAUCAUCGUCCAUCUUCUUCACACCCCCCAAACCUCCUUUCCUGUACGAGACAAGCAGAUGCUCAAUGAGCUGGCUAGCUGAGACUAUUAAGUUUAGAUUCUAAGUGGAAUGAAUGGGAAGUACAGUAAAGGCCACACAGCCACGUAUAGAAGGAGGUCGUGAAGGAGGAGCAGCAGGUGCAGGAUCCAGGGGGGGUGGUAUGGGGAGGUAUAGGAUCAGAGGUCAGGAGAAAUACGUAAGGACUGAAGAAAGCCAAAAGUGACCAAUAGGAGAGGUCUAGAUACUCUAUAAAGGAGCUAUCAGAGGGAUGAACCCUGUCAGCUGGUUACACAGAUACAUAGCGCAUUUUACCUCCUUAAAUGGGCAGCUGAUUUGGGAGACUAGAGAUGAUUUAAUUCUUAUAAAUAUUAUUAUUAUUAUCGAACUUUAUUUAUUUCUCUAAAACCUGUCAGUCCGCGUGGAGCUGAACGAGUGAUAGAAGUCUCCCGCCCAAAGAGCUUACAAUCUUACUCCACUUCCUGUGACACGGGGAGUUUAUAAAUAACUUGGCCUCAAAGGUCGCAUGGAACUUGCAUUUGGAAGGGGAGGGAGGUGGGAAGGGAUUAGUUCCACCCAUUAUCAGUGGUUGGUGCCAUAACCUGCAGGUCCCCUCUUCACCUUUGGUGACAGGGACAGCUGGACCUGAAAUGAAUGUUUCAGUAAAGAUAUUCUGAUUGUAUUUGGUUCUUUUUGACGUUCUGUGUAAAUAUAAAACAUUUAAAGAAAAAAAAAGAAUUCAGAGUCGUUCUGUGAAUCGAGAGCUCAGACAGCAGCUAAUUAUUUCUGUUAUUUAUUAUGACAUAUAUUUAUAUAUUUACCGAUAAGACAAACAGGUGCUGCCGUUCAUUGUCUGCUCAACAUUUCACUUCUCCGGUCUCUACACUCAUCAGAAGGUCCGGUCAUAUUUCACCACAGGGAUCUUGAAAGUUGACCCUUACAUGAUUAAAAAAAAGUCAUUAUUUAAAAAAUAAAAAAUAUAUAUAUAUAAAAAAAGUCAAGGAAUGCACACGUUUGGAUGAAUGCGGAAUCCUCAGUUAGAGAUUUGACUUAAUACCAAAGUGAAUAAGAAUUAAAUUACAAGUACAAAAAGUUGGAUGGUCGUUAAAGAGGAAGUAUUACAUCCCUCUAAUGUUAAAGCAAUGCUUAAUAUAAAGCGCUGUGGAACAUGUGCGCUAUAUAAAUAACUGGAAAAAAAUAAUAGCAAACUCUAUUGUUAAUUAGCAGAAAAGUGUAUAUGCUGCCUCUAAGAUCUCCCCUUUCCGAUUGAAGCCCCCAAUUGUUAAUUAUCGCUGGGUGAAGAAUUGCAAAAUAGUUGAAAUUGUCAUAACUUUAUGGAUUCUGACAAUUGGACAAAUGCCGCAGUCUAAAAACGGGGAGCAGCACCCGAAUCAGUAAAAUGCAGAGAUAAACAACUGUAAGCACUCUAGUUACCCUGGAACUACAAGUACCAUCAUGCUGGAUUUUAGAAGAGUAAAUCCCAACGUUUUGGAUUGUCAUUGUUCUGCAAGUCAGGGUGGAUUGGCGUAAAUGGGUCCAAAUGCAGAACAGAAUGGUACUUCCUCUUUAAUAUGAUAACAUAUAUGCAAUUGGCUGUGAUUUUAGUGCCUGUUUGUGAUUGAUAUUUGAUCCUGGACAUUUCCCCCCAAAAAAAAUUUUGAUAUGCGGCCCAUCGGCCUCAGAUUAGUGAAUCGCGCACACUAAUAUUUUGAUUCAUGUUAGAAUUGCAAUAUGUUUUCUAAACUGUGAUAUCAACCCUUUCUGUAGGAAGGACCCUCUGAUGAGAUCCGCAGUCAAGCAAAAAUGUUUGCCCCCCUUUAGUUACUUUGCUUGAUAAAACUCCGAAGGCUGCAUAUCAAUAAUAUUGGUAACAGGAGAAACUACACAUUAUCUAAAGGUGACUAAGCCUAACUUAUUUUUG